AUGAGUCGAUUGAUAUCUUUGAUCGCGAUUGUAGCACUAUUUCAAUCCGCUUUUGCUGCGCGGUUUUUGCACUUUGCAUCACCGUUGCAAAGUCUGACGCUCCCUGAUGCCGAAGUGAAGGAAACGCUUCAAACGAAACGACAGGGGUUUCUCUCCAAGUACAGGGCUGGGCUACAGGCUGAGGCGGAUAAGCGUAGAGAGUUGGCUGCAAAAAGAACUAAGGAUCUUCAGGAUGCAGCCACUUCUGGCGACAACUGGGCAGAAAACAUCAAAUCGCGGCAACUAAGCAGAAGAGCACUCGAAGAGAAGCUAGUAGACGAAGCACAUGACAAAGCCGUUGCACAAGUUAAGGGUCUAAAACCAGCGGGAAGAUCAUCAAACAAAUACCAGUUCGUUGGGGUAGUGAACCGGAAAGGAGAUAAGCCAAUUACCUGGUUCGCCAGACCAAAGCCAGAGGAUUCGAAAUGGUCAGUUCGUCUGGUUCAUGUCAACAGAGAUGCUGUCAUCAAGGAUCUUUACAACCGCGGAAAGGUUGACAUCUUCGCCAAAUACAAAAAUACCGGCAAAAUUGAUGAGGAAACCAAAGCACCAAUCGUUACUAGCACCUACGACGUCAAGGAGCGAUCUUGGAGAAAUCUAUGGAACUUCUCACCGAAACAUGUCUUUACGGAUCCCUCUGGAAUGUACUGGCGUGAGCGUCGACUGCGCCCUGGUCUGUACACAGAUGGUUUGAGUGUUUACGAAUCAUCUUACAGAUAUAGCGAUGGACGCAACGGAAUGCGCCGGGUAUCUGGAUUCCAGCAAUUCAUCGCUAGUAAAGCAGUGAAGGAUGAGCAAAAGCAAAAGAUCUUGAAAAAGCUGAAGGAGGCCGAACCUGAUGUUGUUCUUGAGCUAUAA